AUGCUUCUUUGCGUAUCCACUAGUCACCAAAAGGUGGUCCUCGAGAUUGACUUCUCUGGAAGCCUAUGGGGCUAUACCGAAAUCACCGUGGUUCCAACAAGCAAGGACCUGAAGACGCUUCACUUGCAUUCCAGGCAAUGCACCAUUCACUCAGUCACGGUUGCCUCCUAUCUCGCCGAUUUCGUGCAUCACGAUCCUCUGUCAAAUAUCCAUAUUUCCAAUCCUCAGGACUGUCACACCCACCCGGAAUUGAAGCGCAGGCUAUAUUCUGCGUUGGCUGAGGGUGACGAGGGCGAGUUAUCCAUUGUGAUUCCCAAGGAGGUUUCGUUGAGGCAAUCUGGUCAUACUGCUACUGGAAUUGUCAGUGAAGCCGCCACUCCCGAGCCUCAGACUCCAGGACCCAUUACCCAGCCUGCUCUUCCCAUCCCAGAGUUCGUUCCUAUCACCGUCAACAUUUCAUACAGCCUUCGCAAUCCAAUGGAUGGUAUUCAAUUUGUCUUACCAACAGAUGCCUAUCCAUUUCGCGUGCCGCAUGUUUACACCACUCCCUCUUCCCCAGAUGCCGCCAGGUGCUGGGUUCCGUGUGUGGACAACUUGUGGGAGAAGUGCACGUGGGAGUUUGAAUUCGUCGUUCCCAGGUACCUUGAGCAAAGGGACGAAGUAGCAGAAGACGACGAUGAACUUCGUGAAGGUGACAGCCCCACGGUUGUUGUAUGCAGCGGCGAACUAGUUGAGCAGGUGGCGCAUCCUUACAACUCCAGCAAGACCAUUUUUCUAUUCUCCCAGAGCACACUCACAUCUGUCCAGCAUGUUGCUUUUGCUGCGGGACCGUUUCAUGUUCACCCAAUCCCCGCCGAGCUCAGUUCUGUGGAGGAUGCCUCGGGAUCAUCUCAGCCGCUCAUGCAUGCAUUCUGCCUUCCGGGUCAUGAGUCGCUCCUGGCCACCUCUGUCUCGUUCAUACGCUCAGCCAUGAGUUUCUACGUCACCGAAUUCGGUUCCUAUCCUUUCGGCUCUCACAAGGUGGUAUUUGUCGACGAAAUGCCCACGCAACGUUUCGAUGGUGCCACUAUGUCGCUGGUCACAGUUGAUCUCCUUCAUGGAGACGACGCGAUAGAUCAGGCUUUUGAAACUCGGCAAUGCCUCAGCCAUGCACUUGCCUGUCAGUGGGUUGGCAUCAACAUCCAGCAGAAGACGUGGUCAGAUACGUGGCUCGUAAACGGCCUUGGCCUUUACAUAACUGGAUUAUUUAUCCGCAAAUUACUGGGUAAUAACGAGUACAGGUUCAGGUUGAAGAAAGACAUGGAGCGUGUGUUGGAGAUGGACAUUGGCUCGAUGCCUCCCAUAUGUCAACCUCAGAUCUUGGAACCUCCAGACCCUGCGAAUCUUCCGUUCAUCAACUUGAAGGCUCCGCUCGUAUUGCAUAUUCUUGAUCGUCGUCUCGGGAAGUCUGGCACAUCCCUUGGGCUAUCUCGCGUCCUUCCGAAGGUUUUUUUGUCUGCAAUCAGCGGUGAGAUGCCUUACAACGCGAUAUCGACUCACUCGUUCCUUCGAAUGUGCCGGAAAGUCAGUGGCAUUGACCCGAGAUCUUUCGCGGAGCAAUGGAUCUAUGGCAGUGGUUGUCCGACGUUUGGAUUUUCGGCGACCUUCAAUCGAAAGAAGAUGGCCGUCGAAAUCACGAUGCGUCAAGAUGCCCCAGCUUUUAAGGUACACGAGAAUAACGAAGUCGCUAAGACACUCAUGAAGCCUGUGCCUUUCUUUGAGGGUCAAAUGACUAUUCGGAUACAUGAAGCAGAUGGGACACCGUAUGAGCACGUCUUGGACAUCCGAAGCCCGUUCAAGCGUUAUGAAGUGCCAUUUAACACGAAGUAUAAGCGGGUGAGGCGCAAUACGAAGCGCUACUUGGCGCGUCAAGCCGCAGCACAGGCAGCUGCAGAAGGAGACGCCGAAGCAGCAGCAGCAAUAGACAUGAUUGACAUGGGGUUUGGUCUCGAGAUCUGGGAGAAAGAACAGGAACGCGAAAAUUGGAAGGUCGCAGAUUGGACAGAGGAGGAUGAGCAGAACAUGUCUGGGCAAACCUACGAGUGGAUACGUAUUGACGCAGAUUUCGAGUGGAUCGCUGCCAUCGCCUUCGAUCAGAAGGACUACAUGUGGGUGUCUCAGUUGCAGCGGGAUCGGGACGUCGUUGCACAGUAUGAGGCGAUCCUCGUUCUGUCCAAACUGGCAAAUCCAAUUAUCUCCAGCACGCUCACGAAGACUAUCCUCGUAUCUAACUACUACUUUCGCAUUCGCUGCGAGGCAGCUCAGGCUCUUGUUACGUGCGCCGUACAACGGCUAGAGUGGAUUGGCCUUUUCCAUUUGUUCAAGCUCUUCCUCCGUUAUUGCUACGAACCCGACGAGGCCAGGCCUGACCUAUUCAAUCACACGUAUGUACCGAGGCCAAACGACUUUAGUGACUUGGCCGAAUAUUUCGUACGGAAGAGUUUACUGAAAGCGAUCUCUCGAGUUCGUUUCGAGAAUGGUAAAACCCCGCCAAUAGUGCGCCAGUUUCUGAUCGACCAGCUCCGCUAUAACGACAAUACCGCCAAUGCAUACUCUGAUGCCCUGUACAUUUGUUCUAUUAUUUCGUCCUUGUCGUGUGCGACCAUCUCAACUGUCCCGCCUGAGCGCGGUGAAUUCAUCUCUGCGGAUUCCCAGCCUAUCCAAGAUGCCCAAGACGCCAAUCUGCUAAAGCAAGCUCUGGCGGAGGUCGAUAGGUACCGUAGCAUGGAUAGGUUGAUUCCUACAUACCACAAUGUGGUCACUAUCGCUGUCAUCGAGUUCUAUAUUAUGCUCAGCGUUGCAAAUCUUAUACCUCACGACCCGCGCAUGUUCUUCCCGUUGACUCGUGAGGGUAAUUACACUCAGGUCCGUAUGGCAGCGUUCGACACUCUUUUCUUGACGAAGUGGUAUACACCGAAGAUCAUGCGUUACAUCCUUGCUGUCAUGGCAAAUGAUCCAUCGCGGGUGAUUCGCCGGCACGUCGCGCAGAAUGCUUGUCUCAGUCUUGCUCUACUUGUCACGAUGGGGGACAUGAAGACUUCCAAGGAAACAGAGUCGUUACUUAUUGAGGAAGACGGCACAGCUGCAGAGAAAGCGAAGGAGAAUAACAAGAAGAGUGAUAUCGAUGUCAUGAUCAAAGCCCUCCGAAAGGACAGGGAGCUUGGUAAAAACGAAGUCAUCAGGGAAUUCUUGAUGCCAAUUGCGCUGGCUCCGGAUACUGACAACGAAGUUCGCUGGUGCUUGUUGAAGUUGGCCGACCUGCUCAUCCGUGGUACAGACGAGACUCCUCCGAAGGUCACAAUACACCUUCCUCCUACUCCCGUAGCAGAAGUUCCACCGCCUCUCCCUCCGGUGAAAGUCCAGCUCAAGCCGCAGCGUACUCUGAAGAGCGGUGCUCCUUCUACUAAGAACCUUAUAGUUCCUUUCACUGUGCCCCCUAAGCUCAAGCUGCUACCUAGCAGUUCUCAGCUUGAUGGUUCAGCAAGAAUACCAACCGCCGAGAGUCCUCUUUCCACCCGCGAGAAAAGGAACGAGCCUUUCCCCAUCCCGAAGCUCCCGAGAAAGGUUGUGGUGGAGAAGAAGAAGGAGAAGAAUGUUCCGAAAGCUCAAUCUGGUGGGAUGAGUCUCAACGAUUUGCGGGCUAGCCGAAAUGCCUUGAAGAAGCUGCAAAUGCACAAACACUCGGCAGUGUUCAUGCAGCCUGUGGACCCUGUUCGGGAUCGCGCGCCAAAUUAUUUCGAAGUGAUCAAGAAUCCUAUGGAUCUUAGCACCAUGAAUGCUAAGUUGGAACAAGGGAAGUACAAUGAUCGUUUCGCGUUCGAAGCCGACUUCCAUGUCAUGAUCAGCAACGCGAAGCUGUACAACAUGCAAGGCAGCUUCGUACAUAAUGAGGCCCUCAUCCUUGAAUCAUUCUUCGAGAAACAAUGGGUUCGCAUUAAUAAGACCCUGGAGGUUGCGGACAAAGCUGCGCAGCCACGCGCAGCUACUGUUCCAUCUUCACCACCUGUAGUUCGAACUCCAGCUCCUGUCCCCUCUGCUUCUACGCCUAAUACUACACGCCCGACCAUCAAGUUGAAGGUUGGUGGCGGAGGUGGUGCGAUUUCAGAGGGGACAUCUACUCAUCCCGCGACGGCCGCUCCGAAACCUAGAGGAAGGAAACCACAUGAGAAACCCCCUUUAGGCCCUCCGCCUACCGCGCCAGACAUCGAUGAUGGCUCUGCUGAUUUACUGGAGGAAGUUAUUGCUAUCGAGCGGGAGAAGAACGAGAGCCGUAGGCUUCGCUUAACGGCUACGGAGAAGGACAAGGACAAGGAGAAAGAAAGGGAAAAGGAGCGGCAUGUGCCAAAGCUCGUCAUCGGGAAGCGUAAAAAGGUUUCCGAUGAGCCAACUGAAGACGAGCUUGCGGCACUGGCAACUCCUUCUAAGAAGGAGAAAAUCACCGCCGCAACUCCUAUGGCAGGACCGUCCACUACCUCAUCGCCAGCUAAAGAGUUAAGUCCAGAAGGCGCUCCACCUCUCCGAAAUGGGACGGCCACUCACAAGAUCAAGGAGAAGGCUGCUAGACCAGUUCCGCCUGCGGCACCCGAACCUGGCAUUCCGGCAUCGCGUCCUUCUGUCAAGGGCAAAGAGAAGGAGGUUCCUACGGGUAACUCGACACCAUCGAAGCCCAAGAAACCGUCUCCUCAGACUACGCCAUUACACGAAAAGAAGUGCAGGGAUCUUUUCAAGACGCUGACAAAGUUGCCCGACGCCCGCAUAUUCCUCAAACCUGUCGAUCCCGUUCUGGAUGGAUGCCCGACAUAUUACGACGAGAUCAAAGAACCCAUGGACUUUGGCACGAUGUCCAACAAACUCGGCGAGGGUGUAUACACGACUAUGGAAGAUUUCGCUAAAGAUAUUGAGCUAAUCUUCAGUAACUGUCGGACGUUCAAUCCACCUACGACUUACCCUGUCAAUUGUGCCGAUGCUGUGGAAAGGGUGUUCAAGAAAGAGUGGGCAAAGGCUAUGGAGAAGAAACUCGCUUGGAACGAGAAGAGGAGUCUGCAGGCUAUUAUAAACAAGCUUGUCGCAGACCCAAUUUCCUUCGUCUUUCGAGAGCCGGUAGACCCAGUUCUGUUAGGAGUGCCCACAUACUUCGACGUGAUUCCUCGGAAGGACGCACGAGAUCUCCGCACGAUCCGGCAGAAGUUGGAAGCAGACAAGUACGACUCCGUCGAAGCAUUUGAAACGGACAUGGACCUGAUGAUCACCAAUGCUAUCACUUUCAACGGGCCCACUUCGGAGGUUGGAAAGAUCUCGGUGUUGGCGAGGAACAAGUACAAGGACUUGCUGGCGAAUUUGAGGUCAACUGCUGUGAAGAGGAAGGGUAGUGACAGAGGUACUCCACAACCUCCCAAGAAGGCGAAGUUAGGUUGA